CUGUGGAACUUCCUGUGACUUUACAACUUUACACUUCCGCUGGCAGACUUCUGUGCUAACAUCGUCAAAGAUAAUUAACUUGCUUCAUAUUUGCAGCUAAAUUCCCGAACAUGUCAGCACAUUUAGGUGAAACUAAGAGGCUGGCUUUGACAAGUAAGCGUGAAGAUGAAGACAACACGGACGACUUGAGGUUCUCUUCGGAUCAGCCUGUGGACUCAGGCAGCAGUCAUGAAGUCAGGAAUUUGCCUUCAGAGUUACCAGUCAAACAUUACGAUGUUGAAACAACUGAACCGAUUUGCUGCAGUCUUCAGACUAUGGAUGAGCUGUUGUCAUGGAAGAAAAGUGAGGCCAACCCAUUUAACGUGGCAGUCGUCCCUCUGGCACAGCGACAACCUACACUUGGCAGUUGCUUACGUCGCACUCUGGUAUCUCAUGACAUGAUGGGCGGAUACCUAGAUGACAGGUUUUUACAGGGCACAGAUGCAGAAGCUCCAUAUGCCUUCUACCACUGGCAGUACAUUGAUGUUUUCAACUACUUCACACACCACUUUGUGACCAUUCCUCCUGCUGUCUGGACCAAUGCUGCACACAAACAUGGAGUUCUUGUUCUUGGAACUUUUAUCACAGAAUGGACUGAUGGAGCAGCGAGAUGUGAGGCGUUCCUUAAAGAAGAGUUAUAUCAGGAAGUAGCUGAUAAGCUGGUUGAAAUUAGUCAUUUUCAUGGCUUUGAUGGCUGGCUCAUAAAUAUCGAGAACCAACUCAGCGAGGUUGCAGUGAAGAAAACCCCCGUGUUCUUACGGUAUCUCACAGAUCACAUGCACCAACGCAUUCCUGGCAGUCUGGUCCUGUGGUACGACAGUGUCAUAGAGACUGGAGAGCUAAGAUGGCAGAAUGGAUUGAACCAGUCCAACAGGGUGUUUUUCAACGCAUGCGAUGGUUUCUUCACCAACUACAACUGGACAGAACAAGACCUGGAGGAGAUGGCGGAGGUCUCUCACACCCACGGCCGCCCGGCUGACAUCUAUGUGGGAGUGGAUGUUUUUGGGCGUGGCGAGGUGGUGGGAGGCAUGUUCGAAACUUAUAAGGCUCUUGAAGUCAUCCGAAAGUACAACUUUUCUGCUGCCAUCUUUGCUCCAGGCUGGGUUUACGAGACCCAGGACAAGAAUAACUUUCGCCAUAAUCAGGAUAGGUUCUGGGAUCUUCUGAAAGACAGCCUGUAUGUGCACCGAGCAGCUGGCCCGCUGCCCUUCAUUUCUUCUUUUUGUCAGGGCUUCGGUAAUGCUCUCUAUUGGAAAGGAAAGCGUGAAACAAACAGGAAGUGGUUCAACUUAACUGCCCAAGAAGUCCAGCCCUUGUACUACCAUGAGCGGCUGGAGGGUCUGGGCUGGGUGAGGAGCCGAGGUUGCCCAGAGGAUGCCUGGAAUGGAGGCUCUUCACUUCUCCUUGAAGGACUCAUCCCUGCAAGUCUUGCUGCACCAAUCAGUGCCAGGGUCUUCUCCCUUCAUGUGCCGCUUGCAUCCAAGACUCUGCUUUGCAUUAUUUACAAGUCCUCUUCUCAAGUUCAAGUUUCGCUGGAGCUCAAGAUGACACACACUGAUGUUUCCACAGAGGAGAAUAACCAGCCUAUGAAAUUGACGAGUGUUUCUCCAGUUCUGCUCCCUGACGGGCAUGAGCUCGUGCAGCAGUUUUCUCAUCUCUUUGGAAAUGCCGAUAAUGGAUGGACUGUCAGGUUUUCCAAGUUGGACCUUUAUGGCUUCAUCCUCAGGGAAGUCUUGGUCAACAUCCAAGCCGUUGGAGAGCCAAGUGACACAACCUUCAGCUGCAGGGUGGGAGAAAUAAUGUUCCAGGACAUAGAAGGUCCACAGAAAGCCCCUGAGGCGGUUCAGGACUUAUGUGUGUAUGACCCAGUGUGGCUGCGAGGUGCUGGCUCGUCUCCACAGUCCGCCGACUGCUGCCUGUACUUGAACGUGACGUUAGGCUGGGACUACUCCACUGACCUGGUGCGCCACUUCAAGGUCCACUAUCGCCCGCUCGGCGGAACACCUCCCAGGAUCUCUGCGGGUCAGCUGGUGCUGGUGGGUCUAGCGUAUUCCAAAUUGUAUAGAAUAACCGAACUCCCGGUUCCCGAGCCCCCGGGCCUGCUGGAGCUGGUGGUGGAGCCGGUCCCCAGGGAGGCCUUUCCAGUGCCAGAGAGCUGCUGGGGAAGAACAACUUUUAGCUACACCCGAGUCGAUUGCAAAAACUGUUAACAGACGUAUAUCACCUCCUCGAUGUCAUUCCUCGUAAGACCACUGGGGCUGCUGAGAUGACCCCCCUUCCUUCAGACGCACCCUCAGUGAUGUAAACAAGGACCUCCUGAAUAAAUAGUGGAGCACGUGGGCUGUGCCUUAGGGCGUAGGUUGGAACUGUAACUGAGUGUACAGCCCAAUACGUCUCUCCUCAUUGAGCUAAAUUGAA